AUGACUCAGCUACAAACAGACAUCCCCCGAGACAUCAACUUCCCCCUACCCGGCGGCGGCGACAGCCUACGCAUCGCCUACGCCCGGCACCUCCUAUCGAAAUCCCUGACCGAGGAGCACGCCAAAAAGCACGGAUGGUCCAAAGGAGAAGACCGCGGCCUCAAGCACAUCUUCAGCCCUAUCCCUUCUUUCCUAGAUGAUCUCAAAGAGAGAGACGGUCUUUUUUCGGACGAUCCAAACUCCUCGGUGUUCAAGGGCAAGAUCUGCAUCGUGGGCGCUGGUGUGGCUGGUUUGCUCACUGCGUUGAUGCUCAAGAUAGGUGGAAUCUAUAACUUUGAUGUGGUCGAGGCGUCGGAUAGGGUCGGUGGACGACUGUAUACCCAUUGGUUCUCGGAUAAGGAGAACCCGGAUUCGGAGCACGACUAUUAUGAUAUCGGCGCGAUGAGAAUUCCAGAGAUCAAGACUAUGCAGUCUGCACUUGAUCUCAUCAAGUAUCUCAAACUCGACGACAAGUUGGUGGACUAUAACUACGUAGAGCCCACAAAGGAAGACAUUGUUCCACACACGUGGUGGUACAAGAACGAAAAGCCAGAUUGUAAGAAGUUUGAUGACGCCAUCGCAAGUGUCAUACAGAGCUGCACUCAGGCUCCAAGAAAGGCCUUCGAGGAGUACAUGCGCGGAAACAACGACUAUUACUCUACCCGCGCUUGGCUAAUGCUUCAAGCUGAUCCUAAACUAACGUACGAGGAGACUGCAAUGAGUGAGGCAUCCGAAACGUCUACCGGUCUCUUCGACCAAGCCUUCAUCGAGACCAUCUUCGACUACUGCGAUUUCGCUCAAGCCAGAAAUGUCAAGUGGAAGCGUCUUGAAGGCGGCCUGAGCCAGGUUACCGACCGCAUGAAGGAACUCAUCGAGAAAUCCGACUGGCCCGUAAAGGGGGCCCCCGGGAUCAAGGUCACCACCUCCCGCCCCGUAACCGUCAUGUCCGAAACUGCCGACGGCUCCGCCAUCAGCGUAACCACCACCUGCCCCAAGGGACAGUCUCCAUCCACAACCGACUACAGCGCAGUCUUCUCCACCACCGCCAUGGCCCCCCUCCGGCGCAUUGACAUCGAAGGCCUGCACCUCCCCGACAAGAUCCUAACCGGCAUCCGCUCGCUCAGCUACGACCGCGCAACCAAAGUGGCCAUCAAGUUCGCCUCGCCAUGGUGGACUCUGGUAGGCGGUGUCUCGUCCACAGACCUGCCCAUCUCCAAGGUCGUCUACCCGUCCUGGAACGACGGACCCGAUAAGCCGGCCGUGCUGAUGGUCUCAUACUCCUGGGCGCAGGACGCCACCCGCAUGGGCGCCUUGGUGCCGGAUUACACCAAGACCCCGCCCUCUAAAGACGACGAGGUCGUGUCCGUCUGUCUCAACGCUUUAGUGAAGCUGUUCUCCAAGGCCGAUCCCAAGACCAUGGCCGCCAAUGUCCCGAAGCCCAUCACGCUCGACUUCCUCCGGUCGCAAUACGUCACCCACCAUGCCUUCGCCUGGUCUCACGACCCCUGGCAGGGAGGCGCCUUUGCGCUCUUCGGACCGGGCCAGUUCAAGGACGUGUACCCGGAUUUCCAUAAGGUGUACUGCCAUGGCAAGUUCUUCAUGAGCGGUGAGGCGUUGAGCACCCAUCAUGCUUGGAUCAGUGGGGCGGUGGAUAGUGCCUAUAUGAGCUUUGUGUUAUUUACGACAGUGUAUAAGCUGAAGGAACAGAUGGUGAGAGUUAAGGAGAGUAAUCUGGUAGGCGCAAGAGGAAAGAAUCCGGAAGAAAUUGAUGAGUUCUUGUUGAGGUGGGCGGCGAAGCUGAGCGAAGGAGUUGAGGUUGAGGGGGAUCAAAAUCGGGGCCGUGAACAUUGGAACUAUGGACCUGGUGAGGAGAAAGGGGGACUGGAUGAUGACUGGUGCGAUUGUUGCUGA